UAUCCAUUGUUCAGUCCGGACGCAUUUUAUUUUCCUUUAUAAUAAUAAAAUCUAAUUAAAAUUAAUCUUAUAUUCAAUAUCUAAACGGGAUCAAUACUAAAACUAAUAUUUUAACAUUACAGCGUCCAUUAUGUUUUUAUGACACUUCUCUGAAGGAGCCGAAAUGUCGAAGGCUAUAGUAAUACCAGAGUGUAAGAAUUUUGGGGGAAUUAAGGAUGAAAUAGCGUUAUCUCCGAAUGAUAAGAAAGAUGGUGCGAUCGGCUUGUUUAGUCGGCUACUACGAUUGGAUACACUUAAAAGAAACUCUUCUCCAGGGAGCCCGACAAUUUCGGAGCCUCCAACGACAUACUAUGGAGUCUACAUACCAUGCGAAAUUAAAAAAGGACCUGAUGAAGAAGCACUGCAUGUUUACAAGAACAAGUCGGAAGCACUGGAACUGGUGCGUCGUUACAAGUUAGCAAGAUUCAAGGCAUUUCAGAAUUAUCAGGAUGCUGUCUCCUUUGCUCUGAGGGGUGCCGAACCUGUGGACACAACUGAUGGAAAUGAUAACUCUUUAAUGGGCGAGAAACCAUAUCCAUUCAAAGCACCAUCACCACAGGAUAUGGUGGCACUGCGCAAAGCAAUCGAGGCUGGUCUCGCCACCACCGUCCGCGACCGAGUCUGGGAGAACCCUCGGUUCCUCGUCAGUAGCGGGAACACGCCAGCUAUUAUGCAAGAAGGAUCUCGGUACAACGCGCUGCACGUCGCAGCUAAAUCUAUGAACGCUGAAAUAUGCAACUUAAUACUGACAACGGUGGGGAACCCCACCUUUGUACAGUCUCUGUACGGAACGGACGCAGAGCCCCAAUCUUGUAAGGAAUUCGCAUCAAUUCUGGUGGACCGGUAUCUAAACACCCCUGACAAGGCGAUGAACGAGACACCUCUUCACUUCGCUGCCAAGUUCGGCGCUGAAGAAGCAGUAGAUGUGCUCACAUCGUUCCCGCAGUGUAACCGCACCGCCGUGAAUAAAUACGGCGAGCAACCGAAGGACGUAAUUUGCAAGAGAUCAUCGACAUCGACGCCAGAAACAGCGCGACGCAUAUCUGCGAUGCUACAGGACAGAUACUACGUGCCGGUGUUACACUCGGAGGAUGACAGUGGAGCACCCACUAUAGGACGCCCGUUCACGCCAGCAGUACCGCCUGAAAUAAACGUAGACCCGCUAAGUCCCCGGUACGAGAUCCGAGCGUUCGCGGGGCCCAUGGCGGCGCCCGAGGCCGACCAGUUCCGACGACGCUGGAAGACUCCGCCGCGAGCCCCCCGCGGACUGCUCGCGCCGCCUGCUUUCCGACUGCGGGACCUCUCCAAGGGACUCGAGAAUAUUGGACGAAAUUUAGCUGAAGAAAUGAAAAUUGGUUGGAAAGAGUAUUGGCCGUUCCUAGAUACAUUUACGGACUUGAGAACACCAGAAGGUCUCGCAUUACUAGAGAAUUACUUAAAGAGCAAAUAUGAGAGUGCCUGCUCGUAUGCUUACAGCGACAGUUGCGCGCAGUCUCACGUGUCGCCCGAUGACUUGUCUCUCUCCAGAAUAACCUUAGGUACCGCCCAAUCCACCCCCAUCAAAGACUCCAUGAGCCCUAUGUCCGAGCUGUGCGUCGCUCUGAAGACGUGCAAAAUAUCUUCAGACAGACCUCCACAUUGGAGGAAAACAGAUCCUAUCCUACAAAGGUUAUGCAGACAGCCGAGCCUCAAAACCAAUAUGCCGAAUGGAGAAACACCUCCAACGAUAAAUCACACCGUAAACCAAUUAUUAUGUAUAGAAAGAACAUGCCAAGUUUUUGCUAAAAGAAUAGCGGACGCAUUAAUAUUUUCGUUGACAGCUGAACCAGAAGUAGCUGGAGAAUCAUUGAAAGGAGAAGCGAAGCAUCUGCAGCAUACAAUGUUCACAUACAUGGACGACGAAAGGUUUCAGAAGAUAGAUUUUGCAUUAAUACAUUCAAGGCUGGCGCAAUUAGUUGUUUUCAAAUUAAAAAACCAAACAAGCGACUUAGACGAUAUUAAUAAUUUAGUUGAGUUUCUUGUGAAGUUACGAUGUCCGAAUGAUGAUAUAUUUAGUUCAGAUGAUGAGAGAAAGCCCAUCCCUUACAGGGGCUUGAGUAGAGUUAAAAUUACUCACGUGAUAGAUACCCAUGUUAGGUGUUUAGCUAGUUUUAUAUGUGAAGAAUUAACCGAGGUGGAAGUAAUGAAAGGCCCGGCAACCUCAGAGGGCGAAUGCUCCGAAAUAUGGGAUAAGGUAUCUAAAUGCCACUGUGAUUGGAAGAUAGAGUCGUUCGAGAGAAACAGUAAGAAGAAUGCGUCAUUUAGGAAAAAUAGAUCUAUUUUGUCAACGAGCCCGAAAAGCGAGAGUUUUAUAAGGCGAUUGUCAUUUGACCAAGACAUUGGUGAUGGUAAACUACAACGCAACGAAUCCGAGAAGCCGGUGAGCGUCAAUUCACCAGCGGGUGACAACGGUGCAACAAUAUUCACUGUGGACAUGGCCAAAUGCCACGUUGUCGAGGCAGAGAUAUCAGAAGACGAUUCAGCAGGGUCGUGCAAUUCUGACGAGUGCGAAGACUACCUGACAGCCUCCGAAAAUUCGGACCACGAGAACGAACUGCCUGAGGAGCCCGACGUUGACAUGCAUGAGGCGAGCGACCGCGCCAUUGCCGAGCCCUUCAUAUACGGUGAGGAGCCAAGUAAGAUGGAUCGACUGGUUUUCGACGCCCUCUGCGAGUGCAAUAUCAACGUGCAACAGUUCCCGAACGUCUAUCGCUGGCGGCAUACUGUCGCACUGUACUCCCCCACCGAACGUGACAAAUGGAAGACAGCCCAGUCGGCAGACGAGAGCGUAUUGUCGAUGACGUUCUGCGCAAGUCCAGUGGCGCAGUCGCCGCGACGGAGACGGUUCACCACGCAAGCCUCGCCUUCGACCCCGGCGUCGCCCGCCGCGCGCUCCACGCCCUGCAAAGAUGUCAGGGGAGAGUGCAGAACGGUACCCUUGCAGGUUUCAAAUUGGCUUCGAGUAACUGGUCCAAACUCACCGCGGUCAGCUGCUGCCACUAAAAACGUCGGUCACAACGUCAGCUUUGGAUUUUAAAUGAUCAUAAUAAUUAGAGUACUUAUAUAACUGCCAAUCCCGGGUACCU